AUGGCUAGCGUUAUGCAGGACCACAUCAAAGAUAUUGACGACAGUAAAGAUACAUGGGCUAUUGUUGCUUGUGUUAUUAGAAAGAGGAUUGCCUACAAGAAGACUCCACCAUACGCUCCCUGGAGGAUUGGCCUACUUGUGGAUGAGCAAGGUUAUAGGAUAGAAGGUUUUGUAACACAAAGAGGACUGUUUGAGCAUUACAAAAAUGAACCCAAAGAGGGUGGGGUAUACCACUUUGAAAACUUUGAUGUUGUUGACAAUGGAGAUCAAUACAGAGUUACAACACAUUCUUGGAGGCUUAAGUUUCAUACUACUACAUACAUUGAAGAAUCAGAUUUGCCAAUUCCUGGCAAGGCAUACAACUUCAUCCCCAUAAAAGAUAUUGCUGGAUUCACCAUGAAGAAUGAGGAGCUAAUUGAUGUGAUAGGCUUCCUCCAAGGAUUUGGCACCUUGCAAGGCUGCAAGAAUGAGUUUGGAACUCCUCAAAGACUAAACCUCACUCUUGCUGACAAAAAGUAA